CUCGCAACCGAGCCUGUGUGGGUCAAGACCCUCCGGGCCGAGAUCGAGCCCAUCAUCACCGAGGGGAGCUGGACGAAAAACGCGAUCACGGAGAUGUGGAAGUUUGACAGUACCUUCCGCGAGUCCCAGCGCGUGAAUGGCAUCAGCGUCGUCUCCCUCACCUGCCUCGUGCUGAACGACAUCACGCUCGCCGAUGGCGCCUUCAUCCCCAAGGGCAAGAACCUCGCCACUUCAUCUAUUGGCACGCACUUUGACGACGGCAUCCUAUCCGGGGCGGUGUCGUUCGACUCGUUCCGGCACAUGUGGUGCGCUUCUUUCUUGUCGUGUGCCGAUUUUGCGGAAGCUGACUCGAUGGGACAGAUACGUAAUCCCGGACGCUUCUUUGCGUCGAACGAGCUCAAGGUCUUGAUUGCGUACAUCCUCAUCAACUAUGACUUCAAGCUCGCAGAGGGCACCCUCACCUGUGUUGCCGCCUUGCUUACCUCGCUAGCGUAA